AUGGCGGCGGGGAUGCUAUUUAAUAUGUUGGAGGUAGGUAUGUGGAACGGGCUGCCGGCAGAGUUCUGCUCCAGCUCACAAGACCAGGUCAACUCAGCAGUGGCUGCAAAAGAACAUUCCAGAGUUCAUCUCUGCCUCGGAUUGGCCCUCAGGAAGCCCUCAUCUCAACACACUAGAUUAUUGGCUUUGGUCCGAAUCGGGGAGGAUGGCACGCCCUAA